AUGCAUAGAACGGAGAAGCCAUACAGCUGUGAGAUUUGCAAUAAGGCCUUCUAUACAAAAAGUUAUGUAGUAAGCCAUAUGCAUACAAAAGAGAAGCCAUAUAGCUGUAAAAUUUGCAACAAUAAAUUCUCACGAAAAGAUAAUCUGGUGAGGCAUAUGAGAAUACAUGUGAGUGAGAAUCUAAACAGCUGCGAGAUCUGCAAUAAGGCAUUUUCUGCAAGAGGUAACUUUAGAGUACACACCAAGGAGAAGCCAUACUGUGAAAUUUUUAACAAGGACUUCACACAGAAAUCUAGUUUAACAAGGCAUAUGGGAGUACAUACAGAGGAGAAGCCAUACAGCUGUUAG